AUGGUCGCCCUCCUCCUCCUUAUUCUUUGCAUGGCCUCUUCCUGUUCCUGUCGGAGAAUAGAAUCAGACCACUCACCAAGAAAGAAAUUGUUACAAGCCCCUGCAGCUGGAAACCAAGUUUUUAACGUUAUGGACUUUGGGGCUGCUGGGAAUGGCCAAAGCGAUGAUUCCCAAGCUUUUGUGAAGGCAUGGGAGGCUGCAUGCGGGUGUGUGCAGGGCAUCCCGACCGUUGUCAUACCAGCGGGAAAUACCUUCCUCUUAAACCCAGUGGAGUUAGAGGGGCCUUGCAAGUCCAACACUCUUCUUGUGCAGGCUUUUGGUAGCAUUGUUGCACCGAGCUCGUUAGAUAUCUGGGAAAAUUCAGAGAAGGGUAACUGGAUUGUAUUCAAAGAAGUAGAUGGUCUCACCAUUGAUGGAGCUGGUACUGGAGAAAUCAAUGGCCACGGAGAAGCUUGGUGGGAACAAUGCGACAACCAGAACUGCAAUAGACCAGUGUCACUACGCAUACAGAAAUGCAAUGCAUUCAAAGUAAGCGGAUUGAAGUUUGUGAACAGUCCAAAAGGGCACAUUGGGCUGAGCGGUAGUAGCGAUGGUGACUUAAGUGGGCUUGCCUUCGUUGCCCCUGAUGAGAGUCCCAACACUGAUGGCAUUGACCUUUCCAACUGCACUGGCAUUGACAUCCAUGACUCCAUCUUCACUACAGGUGAUGAUUGCGUGGCAAUUAAUGGAGGGUGUUCAUUCAUCAACAUCACUAAUGUUCGUUGUGGACCUGGUCACGGCAUAAGUGUGGGAAGCUUGGGGGAAGAUGGAUCUCAUGAAACAGUAGAAGAGGUGAAUGUACAAAAUUGCUCUUUCAUUAAAACUCAAAAUGGUGUAAGGAUCAAGACAUGGCAGGGUGGAUCUGGAUAUGCCAAAAAAAUCCACUUUCAUAAUAUCAAGUUGGACAACGUUAAAAACCCCAUUAUUAUAGAUCAAUAUUACUGUCCCAUCGGUUCUUGCAAGGAGAGCUCAUCCGCGGUUGAAGUGAGCGACGUGACUUUCUCCAUGGUGACGGGAACCUCGGCGAGUGAAGAGGCAAUUAACUUGAGUUGCAGUGGAACACCAGGGUGCAGCAACAUUGUACUUGAUCAAGUUAACAUUAGUCCUUCAGAGCCUUCGAAGAAAAUUUCAUCCACCUGUUCCAAUGUUCGUGGAAGAGGUGUUAAUGUUACUCCAAGUGUCCCUUGCUUAUCAUAA